UCUCCCAUGAAGAUAGGUUUCAUUUCCAUCUAGCUACACCCAUUCAAAUAAAUGUGCAAGGGUGUAAGAUGUAAGGGUGUAAACAGAAUCUGAAGUCAGAGCAACUCAGCACUGCCAGUGGAGCAACAUCCAUCCACCAAGAUGGAUAAGAUAUUCAAUCUCCUCGCGCAGCACAGACUGGAGGCCUACUACAGUACAUUCCUCACUUUGGGUGUCCAAGAUGAGAGAGAUUUCAUUGAUGGCGUAAAUGGUGAAGAUUUAGACAAAAUGAAUUUCAGUCAUGUAGAAAAGAAUCGCUUUGAAAAAAUGAAAGAUUUCAUCCAACGACUCAGAGCGCCACAGCAAGCAAUGCAUGUACAGAAAUCAAUGGAGUCUUUCCAUCUGCGGUACACAUAUCCCCACUGUCCUGAGCCAAGAGACAUCAGAGACAUGGAUCCUGCCCAAAACACGGUUGAAGAUCUGAUGCUAAGGAUUUGUCACCAAGAGGCCAUUGGGAAUUCAAGAGCCCUGUGCCUCUACACCAUUGAGGGAAUGCCUUUAACUGAUGAUCCUUUCUUCAACACAUGGUCUUUGAAAGACAGGCACAUUGAAAAUGGAAGUGAGCUUUAUGCCAUAUUUACACCCAAGGAGAACUUGAAACAAGCCCCCCACAUGCCACAACGAGAGAUGACUGACAUCUCAGGAGAGGAGAAUGUUCGAUGCCACAUUAUGCUCAAGGGAGACUAUGAGGUCAAGGUGGACUUGACAAGUGACACAAUUAGAGUCUUGAGACAAAAGCUCUCUAAUGAAAGUGGAAUCCCAGCACAUGUCCUCCUUUAUAAAGGUGAACACGGUGAAACUUUGCAAGAUUGUGGAAUCAAUGAGGAGACAACUGUGCCCUUUUCUUUGUCCUCCUUCCCCGAUGAGAAAACAGACAACAUGGAAUUCUUCUUGAAUGAUGCCGUACCCUCAGUGCAACAAACCCAGAAAGGACUCAGUGCUUUCUUUUCUUCACUAUAUACCGUUAAAGUUCAACAUUCUGGAGAGGGAUUCAAGAAAGUGAAUGCGUACAUUCGAAAGCUCAGUGGAUGUAAUCCCCUGGCACAAAGUUUGUAUCAGCUGUUGUGCAGAAAUGAAAGUGGAAGUAGGGCCCAGAAGAUUGCCAUUGUUGAGGGAUUGUACACUCUCUUCAGAGAGCUGUUGCCAAGCCUCGGUAAAAAAAGAGGUGACAAGAUCAUUGAAGAUCCUGACGUGUUUGAGAAUGCACCAGUUUGCUGGGCCUACCUGAUAUCUAAAGCAGAGAAAGAGAGUUCACAACAUGAGGUCUUUGCACCGAUAUGUUUGACCUCUCAACCAGGAGUGCGCUUCUGCGACCCAGUUCAAGUACCUGGACUACCAGAUGUCUUUGAAAGAGAGUAUGUCCUACAGAAAAUUAAAGAUGGAGAAAGAAUCCCAAACUGCUCUGCUGAGAUCCUGACAGAAACAUCAAUGUGGAGAGCUACCGAUGUCGAAAAGAUUUUACUCAGUCUGCCUCCAUCCAUCAAAACAUUCCCUGUUUGGGUUUCAUAUGGACUUGUGACUGGUCAAAACUUUCAGAUCAAACUAGAUGAGACAUUUGCCAAGAUGACUGAAGAAUUGAAUGCUUACCCUCACCUGACAGUCACUCCACCACUGCAGUUGAAGGGUGUAGGAGUGGAUGGGCCACGUCUGGUUCUUUUGAAAGAAGAUAACCUGGGUGUUUACAUUGAAAAAGCCAAAGGAUCUCCUCAGGAUUUCGUUGUUUUUGAUUGCUUAGCUGGGAAACAAAACUUUGAAUGUGGACGAAUUGGCACAUGAAAUGAGAGAUACCAGAAGUGACCAGACUUUCAUGACCACCAGGACUCCUAAAGAGGCAAUAUUGGUGCUAGUGGAUUCAAGCUCCUCCAUGAACAAGACAUGCUAUGAUUCAGAUGACAAAAUGACACGGUUGGAUGCAAUGAAACAGCUGUUUGAUAACUUCACAACUAGAAGCAUGGCUUACGAUUUCCAUCAUGUCAUUGGCUUGGUGAAGUUUAACUCAUCAGUUAAGACUCUCCACACAUUUACAGAGACUCUGGAGACCUUUAAGGAGCACAUACACAAUCUUAAGGCAAAUGGACGCACUGUGCUGUAUGAUGCCUUGAAUCAUGGCACAUCUGAACUGGAAAAAGUUGGAAAGCAAUUUCCAGACUGCAGACUUCGCAUCAUAUGUCUCACAGAUGGGAAUGAUGUGGGGUCAAAGACAGAACCAGAUGAAGUCACAACCAAGUUGAUACGCUUUAACAUUACUGUUGAUGCCAUCGUUGUCGGAAAGGUGGAUAACCACAUGCUCCAUGGAAUCAGCAAUGCAACAGGAGGGUGCUGUUUCAAACCAGAGACAGGUACAGCUGGUCUGAAGCUCUUUGAAAUGGAAACAGUUCUAUCUUUGGAGAUGAGGAAGCCUAGGGAAAAAAUGAACCCAUCCUCCAUUACGAGCGAGAGUGUUUUAACUUCUCUCUUCGCCAAAAAUGGCUAUGAUGAGCAGCCAGAGGUUUCUCUACCAAGUGAAUUAAACAGUAAAGUCACUGUGACAGAGAAUUCAUUGAAAAAGAACAUCAAGGAAUCCAAGAGCAGUCGGUUUUUGGAGAAGGACAAACGCAUUCUGGAAGAGCUGAAGAGUCUGCAUUGUGACCCACAUCCAUUCUGCACAGUUUUGCCAUUAGAGUCAGACUUCACGUUUUGGAAGAUUCUCAUGCAAGGCCCCCCUGAUACACCUUAUGAGAAUGGAGCCUUUGAACUGUACUGUCAGUUUGGUGCUGAGUACCCUGUCAAACCUCCACUUGUGCGCUUUGUCACACCUGUAUCCUUUUACACAAAUUAAUACAUGAAGACAGUGUAUUUUGUAUUCUGUGACUGCUUACUGCUGUUCCAAUGAAUUUAUUCCCAUUACCCAGGACUUCUGCAUGUUCAGAAAUGGUGGAAUUUACCUGCAUAUGAAAGUAAUUGUUUUGCUUCCACAACAUCAUAAUUAUCCAAACUCACGAGAAACUAUAACAUUGUCUAAAUCGCAACAGCCGGGAAACAUUUACAACAUUUACACUUUCUGAUUCGCAAAGCAAAAGGUUAAAUUGAGGCAGGCUAGUGUGUGGUUAGGGUUAGGGUAAGGUUAAAUUGUGUGCGUGAUUAGGGUUAGGGUAAGGUUAAAUUGAGGCAGGCUGGUGCGUGGUUAGGGUUAGGGUAAGGUUAAAUUGAGGCAGGCUAGUGUGUGGUUAGGGUAAGGGUAAGGUUAAAUUGAGGCAGGCUAGUGCGUGGUUAGGGUUAGGGUAAGGUUAAAUUGAGGCAGGCUAGUGCGUGGUUAGGGUUAGGGUAAGGUUAAAUUGUGUGCGUGGUUAGGGUUAGGGUAAGGUUAAAUUGAGGCAGGCUAGUGUGUGGUUAGGGUAAGGGUAAGGUUAAAUUGAGGCAGGCUAGUGCGUGGUUAGGGUUAGGGUAAGGUUAAAUUGAGGCAGGCUAGUGCGUGGUUAGGGUUAGGGUAAGGUUAAAUUAUGUGCGUGGUUAGGGUUAGUGUAAGGUUAAAUUGAGGCAGGCUAGUGUGUGGUUAGGGUAAAGUUAAAUUGAGGCAGGCUAGUGCGUGGUUAGGGUUAGGGUAAGGUUAAAUUGAGGCAGGCUAGUGCGUGGUUAAGGUUAGGGUAAGGUUAAAUUGUGUGCGUUGUUCGGGUUAGGGUAAUGUUAAAUUGAGGCAGGCUAGUGUGGGGUUAGGGUUAGGGUAAGGUUAAAUUGAGGCAGGCUAGUGCGUGGUUAGGGUUAGGGUAAGGUUAAAUUGAGGCAGGCUAGUGCGUGGUUAGGGUUAGGGUAAGGUUAAAUUGUGUGCGUGGUUAGGGUUAGGGUAAGGUUAAAUUGAGGCAGGCUAGUGUGUGGUUAGGGUUAGGUUAAAUUGUGUGCGUGGUUAGGGUUAGGGUAACGUUAAAUUGAGGCAGGCUAGUGUGUGGUUAGGGUUAGGGUCAGGUUAAAUUGUGUGCAUGGUUAGGGUUAGGGUAAGGUUAAAUUGAGGCAGGCUAGUGUGUGGUUAGGGUAAGGUUAAAUUGUGUGCGUGGUUAGGGUUAGGGUAAGGGUAAAUUGAGGCAGGCUAGUUAGUGUGUGGUUAGGGUUAGGGUAAGGUUAAAUUGAGGCAGGCUAGUGCGUGGUUAGGGUUAGGGUAAGGUUAAAUUGAGGCAGGCUAGUGCGUGGUUAGGGUUAGGGUAAGGUUAAAUUGUGUGCGUGGUUAGGGUUAGGGUAAGGUUAAAUUGAGGCAGGCUAGUGUGUGGUUAGGGUAAGGGUAAGGUUAAAUUGAGGCAGGCUAGUGCGUGGUUAGGGUUAGGGUAAGGUUAAAUUGAGGCAGGCUAGUGCGUGGUUAGGGUUAGGGUAAGGUUAAAUUAUGUGCGUGGUUAGGGUUAGUGUAAGGUUAAAUUGAGGCAGGCUAGUGUGUGGUUAGGGUAAAGUUAAAUUGAGGCAGGCUAGUGCGUGGUUAGGGUUAGGGUAAGGUUAAAUUGAGGCAGGCUAGUGCGUGGUUAAGGUUAGGGUAAGGUUAAAUUGUGUGCGUGGUUAGGGUUAGGGUAAGGGUAAAUUGAGGCAGGCUAGUUAGUGUGUGGUUAGGGUUAGGGUAAGGUUAAAUUGAGGCAGGCUAGUGCGUGGUUAGGGUUAGGGUAAGGUUAAAUUGAGGCAGGCUAGUGCGUGGUUAGGGUUAGGGUAAGGUUAAAUUGUGUGCGUGGUUAGGGUUAGGGUAAGGUUAAAUUGAGGCAGGCUAGUGUGUGGUUAGGGUAAGGGUAAGGUUAAAUUGAGGCAGGCUAGUGCGUGGUUAGGGUUAGGGUAAGGUUAAAUUGAGGCAGGCUAGUGCGUGGUUAGGGUUAGGGUAAGGUUAAAUUAUGUGCGUGGUUAGGGUUAGUGUAAGGUUAAAUUGAGGCAGGCUAGUGUGUGGUUAGGGUAAAGUUAAAUUGAGGCAGGCUAGUGCGUGGUUAGGGUUAGGGUAAGGUUAAAUUGAGGCAGGCUAGUGUGUGGUUAGGGUAAGGGUAAGGUUAAAUUGAGGCAGGCUAGUGCGUGGUUAGGGUUAGGGUAAGGUUAAAUUGAGGCAGGCUAGUGCGUGGUUAGGGUUAGGGUAAGGUUAAAUUAUGUGCGUGGUUAGGGUUAGUGUAAGGUUAAAUUGAGGCAGGCUAGUGUGUGGUUAGGGUAAAGUUAAAUUGAGGCAGGCUAGUGCGUGGUUAGGGUUAGGGUAAGGUUAAAUUGAGGCAGGCUAGUGUGUGGUUAGGGUAAGGGUAAGGUUAAAUUGAGGCAGGCUAGUGCGUGGUUAGGGUUAGGGUAAGGUUAAAUUGAGGCAGGCUAGUGCGUGGUUAGGGUUAGGGUAAGGUUAAAUUAUGUGCGUGGUUAGGGUUAGUGUAAGGUUAAAUUGAGGCAGGCUAGUGUGUGGUUAGGGUAAAGUUAAAUUGAGGCAGGCUAGUGCGUGGUUAGGGUUAGGGUAAGGUUAAAUUGAGGCAGGCUAGUGCGUGGUUAAGGUUAGGGUAAGGUUAAAUUGUGUGCGUUGUUCGGGUUAGGGUAAUGUUAAAUUGAGGCAGGCUAGUGUGGGGUUAGGGUUAGGGUAAGGUUAAAUUGAGGCAGGCUAGUGCGUGGUUAGGGUUAGGGUAAGGUUAAAUUGAGGCAGGCUAGUGCGUGGUUAGGGUUAGGGUAAGGUUAAAUUGUGUGCGUGGUUAGGGUUAGGGUAAGGUUAAAUUGAGGCAGGCUAGUGUGUGGUUAGGGUUAGGUUAAAUUGUGUGCGUGGUUAGGGUUAGGGUAACGUUAAAUUGAGGCAGGCUAGUGUGUGGUUAGGGUUAGGGUCAGGUUAAAUUGUGUGCAUGGUUAGGGUUAGGGUAAGGUUAAAUUGAGGCAGGCUAGUGUGUGGUUAGGGUAAGGUUAAAUUGUGUGCGUGGUUAGGGUUAGGGUAAGGGUAAAUUGAGGCAGGCUAGUUAGUGUGUGGUUAGGGUUAGGGUAAGGUUAAAUUGAGGCAGGCUAGUGCGUGGUUAGGGUUAGGGUAAGGUUAAAUUGAGGCAGGCUAGUGCGUGGUUAGGGUUAGGGUAAGGUUAAAUUGUGUGCGUGGUUAGGGUUAGGGUAAGGUUAAAUUGAGGCAGGCUAGUGUGUGGUUAGGGUAAGGGUAAGGUUAAAUUGAGGCAGGCUAGUGCGUGGUUAGGGUUAGGGUAAGGUUAAAUUGAGGCAGGCUAGUGCGUGGUUAGGGUAAGGUUAAAUUGAGGCAGGCUCGUGUGUGGUUAGGGUAAGGUUAAAUUGAGGCAGGCUAGUGUGUGGUUAGGGUUAGGGUAAGGUUAAAUUGAGGCAGGCUAGUGUAGGGUUAGGGUAAGUUUAAAUUGAGGCAGGCUAGUGUGUGGUUAGGGUAAGGUUAAAUUGAGGCAGGCUAGUGUGUGGUUAGGGUUAGGGUAAGGUUAAAUUGAGGCAGGCUAGUGUGUGGUUAGGGUUAGGGUAAGGUUAAAUUGAGGCAGGCUAGUGUGUGGUUAGGGUAAGUUUAAAUUGAGGCAGGCUAGUGUGUGGUUAGGGUUAGGGUAAGGUUAAAUUGAGGCAGGCUAGUGUGUGGUUAGGGUUAGGGUAAGGUUAAAUUGAGGCAGGCUAGUGUGUGGUUAGGGUUAGGGUAAGGUUAAAUUGAGGCAGGCUAGUGUGUGGUUAGGGUUAGGGUAAGGUUAAAUUGAGGCAGGCUAGUGUGUGGUUAGGGUUAGGGUAAGGUUAAAUUGAGGCAGGCUAGUGUGUGGUUAGGGUUAGGGUAAGGUUAAAUUGAGGCAGGCUAGUGUGUGGUUAGGGUUAGGGUAAGGUUAAAUUGAGGCAGGCUAGUGUGUGGUUAGGGUUAGGGUAAGGUUAAAUUGAGGCAGGCUAGUGUGUGGUUAGGGUUAGGGUAAGGUUAAAUUGAGGCAGGCUAGUGUGUGGUUAGGGUUAGGGUAAGGUUAAAUUGAGGCAGGCUAGUGUGUGGUUAGGGUUAGGGUAAGGUUAAAUUGAGGCAGGCUAGUGUGUGGUUAGGGUUAGGGUAAGGUUAAAUUGAGGCAGGCUAGUGUGUGGUUAGGGUUAGGGUAAGGUUCGAAAAUGAAAACACCUCAUAGCAAAAACACCCAUGGAUUUGAAAUGCCGCCACUCUCAGAAGCUCAGACUAAAAUGGCUCUGUUGAUAUGUUUCUGGUGUGAUUUCAGGCUGAAAUAUCAUGUUUGUGAAAUACCCUUAAUGUGGACAAAGGUGUACCACUGCAACGUAAACAAUGUGGGUCGUAUCUGCCACAACAUAUUUGACCGCAAUUACUCGGCUAACAUAACCAUGAGAGAGAUCUUGGAUGCUGUGUAUGGACUGCUCAUCGUCCCUGAACCUGAAGAUCCACUGGACAGUAUUUUGGCAGAGGAAUUCCUAACCAGCAGAGAAAAAUAUGAACAAGAGGCCAAGAAAAACACAGAGGAAACUGCAGGCAAUUCAAUGAAUGACAUGGAACAGAAAUUGGUGGGUGAAGAGUUGACUAAGAAGUUCACUCCCUCACAUCUAAUUUGUCCGCUAUCCAAGAAGAUGUUCAUUGAUCCAGUUAAAAACCAGGAUGGAACAGUUUAUGAGCGAAAGGACAUUGAGAAACAUCUACAAAUGCAAAGGACUGAUCCAAAAACAAAGAAACUUCUAAGACGAACUGACCUCAAGCCAGACACAACCAUGCAGAAAAUGGUGAGGGAGCACCGCAGAAAGGAAUAUAUGGAGACAAGUGUUUGAAAACACAACAUGGCAGCCAAAAUGUCUUCCUGUCGAAUGCAUUUUUGGGAGAAACAUGAGGAUGGUGAGGGAAGUGUUACCCAUUGGGGUUAUUGAAUGGUAUGAGAUGUUUCAGAGGGCCCUCAUCUAUGCGGGGGUUUUAUCUACGCACGUCAUGGGUAACCAGCUAAGAUUUAUAUUAUGCACAUUUUCUGUUAAACUCUGUUAUUAAUCAGGAGCAUUUUUUUAUGUUAAAAUUAGUUGUGUAUCACAGUUGUCAUUAGACUGUUGUGAUCAUCAGAUAUCUAGGAGAUUCCCAAUAUCUUAAGAUAAUGACAUGGGUUACUUUUAAAUAUGCUGUUAAGCCAAAUUCAAUGAUUCAAAGUCGAGGGCCCACAUUAAUGAUGGUGUUUUCAGUAGUUUACUUUAAUUAAACUUAACACAGUGAUUUAAAGAGGCAAUGUGAAGUUCAGACAAUAACAAAGAGGACACCCCGCCACUGAUAUCGUAAACAGCUGAGGGAUGGUUCUGGAGGUAUGUAACCAAAUUCAUAGACAGAACUAUGGAUGCAUAUACUGACCAUCCAUGAUAUCAAAAGCAUAGUUUUAACCUUGUUUGAAGGCUAUGCUAUGUUUGUUUACACGUACAUUAUGUACAAACAACGGUGUAAGAUUAUAAUUUGGGUUCUGAUGGGGUAUGACAACUGAACUAAGCACAUAAGGCAUUUUUACGUUGUUUUCCUCAAGAAUCAAUGGCUAUAUGUGACUAAUUUCAGGAAACUAGGUGUAUGUCGCGCGCCACUACUUCACAGGAGAGCCAUUUGAACGUAAACCUUUUUUUUAGGGGGGCAGAAAUGCCUUCUGGAACAUGUGAACUUUUAUGUGCCUUAACAACAAACUUUUAUGCCAUUUAUAAAUACGAAUAAAAUUGUUAAACCUCUUAA